AUGGAAAAGGAAUAUCAAAAGAUGAAGCUAAAAUCUGCACUUUCUGAAAAUAUUUUUGCAAUGUGUAAUAUUGGUUUUGUUACGAUUGUGGUACAGGAUGGUGUUAAAGGAAUUGAAGCAGAUCAAGUGAAAUCAUUAGAAUGGUAUAAAAAAGCUGCAGAAGGUGAUUACAUUGAUGGCUAA